AAACAAAUUGCUUAAACUUAUAUUUUCUUUAUUUUAAAAAUAUCUUUUAAAGAGAUUGCUUGUUAUUGCUUAAUUAGUUCUGUUGUUGUUUAGUUUUAUCAAAAAAAAUAUCAAACUAUGGAUGUAGCAGAUGCUAAUAUUGGACAAUUGCGUGUUAAAGAUGAAGUGGGCAUAAGAUGUCAAAAAUUAUUUCAGGAUUUUUUGGAAGAAUUCAAAGAAGAUGGUGAAAUAAAGUAUGUGAAACCGGCCGCCGAUUUGGAGUCACCCGAUCGUUGUACUUUGGAGGUCAGUUUUGAUGAUGUAGAAAAGUAUAAUCAGAAUUUGGCCACCACUAUUAUAGAGGAAUAUUAUAGAAUCUUUCCUUAUCUGUGCCAAUCAGUGUCCAACUACGUUAAAGAUCGCAUUGGUCUUAAAACCGAAAAAGAGUGUUAUGUCUCCUUUACCGAAGUGCCCACACGUCAUAAGGUACGCGAUUUGACCACCUCCAAGAUUGGCACUUUGAUUCGCAUUUCCGGUCAAGUGGUGCGUACCCAUCCCGUGCACCCCGAACUGGUUUUAGGUGUGUUCAUGUGUUUGGAUUGUCAGACCGAAAUACGCAAUGUGGAACAACAAUUUAAAUUCACCAAUCCCACCAUUUGCCGCAAUCCCGUCUGUGCCAAUCGUCGUCGUUUCAUGUUGGAUGUGGAGAAGUCUCUUUUUGUAGAUUUUCAAAAGAUUCGUAUUCAAGAGACCCAAGCCGAAUUACCACGCGGUUGUAUACCACGCUCUGUGGAAAUUAUUUUGCGUUCCGAAUUGGUUGAAACCGUACAGGCGGGAGAUCGUUAUGAUUUUACGGGCACUCUUAUUGUGGUUCCCGAUGUGGGUGUUCUAAGUAUGCCGGGGGCCAAGGCAGACAUGGGUUCACGUCAUAAACCCGGUGAAGGUCCUGAAGGUUUGACUGGUCUUAAGGCUUUGGGUAUGCGUGAGCUUAACUAUCGUAUGGCGUUUUUGGCCUGCAGUGUCCAGGCUACUAAUGCUCGUUUUGGUGGCACAGAUUUGCCCAUGUCUGAAGUAACGGCUGAAGAUAUGAAAAAGCAAAUGACUGAUGCUGAGUGGAAUAAGGUGUAUGAAAUGUCUAAGGAUCGUAAUUUGUACAAUAAUUUGAUCACCUGCUUGUUCCCCUCCAUCUAUGGCAAUGAUGAGGUGAAACGCGGUAUAUUGUUGCAGCUGUUUGGAGGUGUAGGAAAGACCACACAUGAGAAAACAACUUUACGUGGCGAUGUAAAUGUUUGCAUUGUCGGUGAUCCCAGUACAGCCAAAUCGCAGUUCCUCAAACAAGUCGCUGACUUUUCGCCUCGUGCCGUCUACACUUCGGGUAAAGCCUCGUCUGCUGCUGGUCUUACUGCUGCCGUGGUAAGAGAUGAAGAAAGUUUUGAUUUUGUCAUAGAAGCCGGCGCCCUUAUGUUGGCCGACAACGGCAUUUGCUGUAUCGAUGAGUUUGAUAAAAUGGAUCCCCGCGAUCAGGUGGCUAUUCACGAAGCUAUGGAACAGCAAACCAUUUCAUUGGCCAAGGCUGGUGUAAGAGCCACCCUAAAUGCUCGUACUUCUAUACUGGCAGCCGCAAAUCCCAUUAACGGCCGUUAUGAUCGUUCCAAAAGUUUGCAGCAGAACAUACAACUGUCCGCUCCCAUUAUGUCACGUUUUGAUUUGUUCUUUAUUUUGGUGGAUGAGUGUAAUGAGGUGGUGGAUUAUGCCAUAGCUCGCAGAAUUGUCGAUCUACAUUCCAACAUAGUGGAUAACGUCGAAAGAGCCUAUUCACGCGAAGAAGUUUUACGUUAUAUAACAUUUGCCAAACAAUUCAAGCCGGUCAUUAGUCCAGAGGCUGCUAAAUUGUUGGUGGAAAACUAUGGCCACUUAAGACAACGUGAUACUGGUACUUCAGGACGCAGUACCUGGCGUAUUACUGUAAGACAAUUGGAGUCAAUGAUACGUCUAAGUGAGGCCAUGGCUAAGCUGGAGUGUAUGAAUGAGGUGCAAGAGCGUCAUGUUAAGGAGGCCUUCCGUUUGUUAAACAAAUCCAUUAUUAGAGUAGAACAGCCUGAUAUUCAUUUGGAUGAUGAUGAUAUAGAUGAAGCCUUUACAGGAGAUGUGGAUAUGGAUCAAACAGGUACAAAUAACGGCACUGCCAUGGAAACUGGGGAGAGCGGCGAAACCGAACUUAAUACCUCGGCGGGCCAAACAGCUUUACAAAAGAAAAAGCUAACCUUGUCCUUUGAGGACUAUAAAAAUCUCUCCACCAUGCUGGUUCUACACAUGCGCACUGAAGAGGCCCGCUGUGAAACUGAAGCCUCUGAUACGGGCAUGAAACGCAGUGAUGUUGUCACUUGGUAUCUAGAGCAAGUGGCCGAUCAAAUAGAAUCCGAAGAUGAGCUUAUAUCACGUAAAAAUCUUAUUGAAAAAGUCAUAGAUCGUUUGAUUUAUCACGAUCAAGUUAUUAUACCCCUAAAGACCACUGAGCUGAAACAACCGGGCAAAAGUCCCAAACGCACCGAGGAGGAGGAAGAACAAGAUGAUCCCUUGCUGGUGGUACAUCCCAAUUAUAUUAUAGAAUAGAAUUUAUAAGCGUAAUAUAAGUUAAGCGGCACAGUUUUAUGGUUCAAAUUUCGAUUGUUUAAUUCCAUCUGUUAAUUUUGUUUCCUUUUUCCUUUUCUAUAUGGAAAUUGUUUUGUUUAAAUUCAUAUAAUUUGGUUCUCAUACAUAUUGACACUGUAGUUUUUAAGUUGGCCGGCCCCUAGGACAUUUUGUUGAACGGGGUCAGAGUUUUGUAGUUUUUUACGUGCAUAGAUUGUUAAGCAAUACAUGUUUUCUUUUUUUAUAAAUAAAAGGCAAAAUAAAGAAAUUAAAA